AUGGCCUGCCCUCACGCUUACCUGGACGAUCUUCGACCUCCGAGACCCAAUCAAAGUGUAUACCGAGAAGAUUGUACCCAGUGCUUUGACUCAAUCGAUGAUGACGCCGGACUUGAUGUCUGCCUACACUGCUUCAACGGCGGUUGUGCUGGCGAACGAAAUCACUCUCUUGUACACCACUCCUCCACGAAUCAUCCGUUAGUAUUGAACAUCAAACGAACUCGCAAGCAAGUCCAACGAGAUGAGCCUCCGCCUAAGCUUACCAAGCUCGCCAUUGCCGCUGAGACAGAGGAAGACAGAUAUAAUACAGCCACGACAGUCAAGUGUUAUGCCUGCCAAUUAGAGGAUGUGGACAAAACGUUAGGAAACCUCCCGGGGGUCGUUGAUGGGGUCAUGAAAGCUAUGACAUUUGCCAAACAAGAGGAAGUCAAGGCUUGGGAACAAGAGUUUACGCCCUGUGUACACACCCUCGGCCUCGAACAGCAACCGAGGAGACAGAUUGAGUCACAGAAGCUAAGCUCGUGUUCCAAGUGUGACCUGAAAGAGAAUCUCUGGCUCUGUUUGGAGUGUGGCAACCUGGGUUGUGGACGGGCGCAGUUUGGCGGUGUAGGCGGCAAUUCUCACGGACUGGGACACGCGGCAGAGAGUGGUCACGCAGUCGCCGUGAAACUGGGUUCCAUCACUCCGGAAGGCAACGCCGAUGUCUACUGCUAUCAAUGUAACGAAGAGCGAAUCGACACUGAGCUUGCCAAGCACCUGGCUCACUGGGGCAUCAACAUUGCUGAACGGGAGAAGACUGAAAAGAGCUUGAUGGAGAUGCAAGUGGAACAAAAUCUGAAAUGGGAUUUCUCUAUGACGACAGAGGAUGGCAAAGAGCUAUCCCCCUUGUUUGGGCCCGGUUUCACCGGUCUCAAGAAUAUCGGGAACAGUUGCUAUCUUGCCAGCACCCUUCAAUGUUUGUUUUCGCUCACAGAUUUCCAACAUCGAUACUACCACCCGGAUCGACCUCCUCCCAACGCCAAACUGCCGGCUGAGGAUCUUGAGACACAGUUACGAAAGUUGGCCGAUGGUAUUCUGUCUGGUCGAUAUUCAUAUCCGGAGAGCAAUGUUCAUGCAUCUCCCGACAACCCCGAAGUACCGCACCAAAAAGGUCUCUCUCCUGCGAUGUUUAAGCAUCUUAUUGGUCGAGGGCAUGAAGAAUUUUCGACGAUGAGGCAGCAAGAUGCGUUUGAACUACUGCUCCACCUUUUCAAGCUCAUCAGCAUCUCUCACAAUGCCCACCCCGGCGAAGAUCCUGUCCAGUCGUUCCGCUUUGCCCUUGAACAACGCUUGCAGUGCUUAAACUGUAGGCGGGUACGGUACCGAACGGAUGAACAAGACAAUAUCUCAAUUCCGGUUCCCGUUCGGAGGAAACACGUGAACAAUAGUGAAGACGCACCGGCCAUUGAAGCGAAAGGGUCCGAAUUUGAACCGGUGUCUCUGCAAGAGUGCCUCGACAUCUUUACAGCAUCAGGCACGGUGGAAUUGACCUGCCCAGCUUGCGGGUCUAAAGCAGGAUUUUCCAAGUCAUCAAAAUUCAAAACAUUCCCCCAAAAUCUGGUCAUCAAUCCUCUUCGAUUCGAAAUAAUCAACUGGGUACCGACAAAGCUCGACAUCCCCGUCCAGGUGACCGACGAACCCUUUGAUUUGAGCAGGUACAAGUCACCAGGGUUGCAACCAGACGAGGAGGAAUUGCCUGAAGAAGCAGAUGUCGGAGGAUCCGGCCCGGAAUCAGCAGCAUUUGUCCCGAAUGAAGCUGCUCUCGGCCAACUUGAAUCGAUGGGAUUUCCCCGCGUUCGAUGUGAAAAGGCCCUCCAUGCGACUGGCAACGCAGAUGCCGAAGCGGCCAUGAAUUGGCUAUUCUCGCAUAUGGAAGACCCUGAUAUUGAUGAGCCUCUGAACCUUGGCGGUGGCGCUUCCGGCACAGAUGACGCUGACAAGAUCGCUCAACUGGGCGAGAUGGGUAUCGGCGCACCGCAAGCCCGAAAGGCCUUGCGAGAAUGCAACGGUGAUGUCAAUCGAGCUCUGGAUUGGGUCUUCAGCCACCCGGACGAUCAGGGCGAUUUUGGUGAAGAUGCUCCAGCUGCUUCGACACAAUCGAGAUCCCUUCCCGGGAGUGGACAACUACCGGCGAAGUUCGAGCUUCAGAGCAUCGUUUGUCAUAAGGGUGCCAGCAUCCAUACUGGCCACUAUGUUGCAUUCACUCGAAAACAGGUUCCUGGCGACGGCGAGGAGAGACAAUGGGUUCUGUUCAACGAUGAGAAAGUGGUCAAGGCUGUUGACGUGGACGAAAUGAAAAAGUUUGCAUACAUUUACUUUUUCCGUAUGCUAUGA